AUGUCUGAAACUGCAGUACGCGCAGAAUCACAUAACCGGGUCAGUGUGCAUCUCAAAGCCGGAUUUUCGUAAUUCAAUCCCUAAGGACUGCUCACACAGGGUUUUUGAUAUAAAUAAUAUUAUAUUAGAAUAUAUCAAAUAAAUAUAAUUUACAAUAUUUUUAAUGAUUUAAGAAAAAAAAAUGAUUUGAUACAUGUAAUUCAGUACAAAUUUAUUAAGUAUUCUUUUAUUUAAAUACAUAACAUAUUGGUAUUUGUAUCUUUAAAUUCUAAUUAAAUAUAUUUCAACUGUUAACAUAAACUGACUCUUGAAGUGUUAAAUGUGUAUAGGGUAUUUGAUGUGGUAAUUGGUAAGUAGAAAUAAUAACUUUUUAACGUCUGAAACCAGCAAUAGAUCGAUGAGGCAAAAAAUUAAAUCUAUUCACGACUAUUACUGCAAUGAAAAUGUCAAAUCAAAAGUCGAAAAUACAUUUUUAAUGAAUUAAUUUAUAAUAGGCAUCCGCGCUCGAAAUUCAAUUUUUCGUAAAAAUUCUAUUCAAUAUAAAAAUGUAGAUUUCACCCCGUAUAUAAAACUGGGAGGGUUUUUUGCUUAUUUCUUCGCUAUAUUUGCGCGAAAAACAAUCGUUACGCGGGCCAUCCUAAAACAAAUUGUAUCUGAACACUUUGUUUUAUUUACCACACGAAUCGCGUAAAAACUGCAGAUACGUAUUUUAUUUAAUGUUUCAAUAUCCGACGACGGGCAUUAUAAUACAGUGUGAUGUUUCGCUCAAAAAUGGUAAUUUCAGUUAUUUCAGCGGGACGGGGUUAGAUAUUGUCAAAUGAAGUAUGUACCCGAAUACAUACUUCGAAUUUGUUUUCAAUUUGUUCACCCUUUUGAAUUAUAUUUUCUUUAAUGGAAACAUUUGUUUUUGGAAUAGUGCUAUUUCUUUUCAGCUACUUCGACUCUUAAGGUGUGAUUCCUAUGCAUGCGUCUAGAGACGCGCGGUCGACGCGUUGUGAUUUGAAUUUUGUCCGCGCGGUCAUUUAUUUAGCCGCGCGAUCUUUAUUGAUUCUUAUGUACGCGUCAGGAGACGCGCGGCUUAACGGCACUAAAAUAAUUAGGCACGUACACGCAGUUGAAUCAAGGCCUCUGUUUGGUUAGAUUGUAGAUACUUGUAUAUUCAUAAAAGUGUGUUUUAAAAUAUUAUUAUUGUUAUUAGUUUGUUAUUAACCAUGUCCUUAACAAAAAAACAAAAAUGUAUUAUAAAACUACUUCUAUUACAACAAGUAGAAGAAGAACAAACAAUCAUAAAAUACGCUCCGACAAAAAAUAAAAAUGAAGUGCAUGAAACGUACUUAGCCAGGAAAGCUGAAGGAUUUUUCAGUGUCCUGAUUGAAAAACGUUUAUGGCGAGAUGAAACCAAAUUCAGGGAAUUUUUCAGAUUAAACUGGGAUCAAUUUAAUUAUAUAUUGAACCUAGUUGUGGAAGGCAUAAAAACCAACCCAAGCAUCAAAAUUAUAAAACCAAUAACUGCUGCUGAAAAACUAGCAGUCACGCUGAGUUAA